GCCCAGGAAUCUGUGACCUAGUGCGGAACGUUAAAUGGCUCCUCUGCUUUCCUGCCGUAAGGCACUCCAGGAGACAACUUCCGUUUCCACUUGGCUCCGGCUGGAGGAUUGACUAUUGAGUGUCGUGAGAGGUCGGAGUGCUGUCAGACAUGGCCCAUGGACAUGGGCAUGAACACGGCCCUAGUAAACUGGAACUUCCAGAUUAUAAACAAUGGAAGAUAGAAGGGACACCAUUAGCAGUUGUCCAGGAGAGGCUGGCUACACGAGGGCUAAGGGAUCCAUGGGGCCGCAAUGAAGCUUGGAGAUACAUGGGUGGCUUUGCAAACAAUGUUUCCUUUGUUGGUGCAUUACUAAAAGGAUUCAAAUGGGGAUUUGCAGCAUUUGUGGUAGCUGUAGGGGCGGAAUAUUACCUGGAGUCCAAGAAUAAAGAUAAGAAGCAUCACUGAAGAUAAUACCUGGAAGUAUCUUAAAGGCUUCUUAAUUCUCUUAUAAAAAUAAGAUUUAUUCAAUGUAGCCUACUCAUCUGUGUGUUUUUCCCUUCAAGAAUACUAGUAAGAUUUAAUAAAGUAAGAAUACAUAUGCUA